AUGGCAUUGAAAGCUGGCGGCGGAAAGGCAACGACAAUGGCUGCAAUAGCGGCUGCAACGGGCAGCGGCAGCAAGGCUCAGAAGGAAAUCCUUUUAAUUUACAUUUACAAGAUGUUGAAACCGGUCGAUUUUGGCACUGGCGUCUCGUCUAAGGCGAUGAGGAUCAUGAACAGCUUUGUAAACGGUAAGCGUAUCGCGGCUGAGGACUCCCGUCUGGCGCACUACGACAAGCGCUCAACGAUCACCAGCCGCGAGAUUCAGACCGCACACCACCUCCGGCUGCCGAGCGAGUUAGCCAAGCACGACGUCUUAUAG